GUUGAUGUGUCGGGACGGUCUGAAGGGGAGAGUCUGCCGCAAUAAAUUUGCUUAAAAAGUCAUUAAAUAAUUGUUACAAUUUGAUUAUUAACAGAUCAUUUAUGCAGCUGUUAAGAUUGUAUACCAUUUUCUGCUUGGCUUCGGCAAAUGUUCACCCGUAAACUGCAGAAUUUCGUUUUAGUUUCUCAUCUCGCAACCGAUUCCGUAGCAAGAAUUUGUCGGUAUAGCGAGUUUCGAUAGGUAAGAUGUCCAAACGGGCGGCGGAAGACGCUGCCGGAAGUGGUGCCACUCCCGGCAGCGGUGGCGGAGCUCCACCUCCGAUAAAGAAAGUCCACUUUGAGCCCCACCUGAUCGGGCCGAUCUCGACCCUGGAGGAGAUGGACAUCAAGGUGCUGCAGUUCCAGAACAAGAAACUGGCACAGCGCAUCGAGCAGCGGGUACGCUGCGAGGCGGAACUCCGGCAGCGCAUCGAACAGCUCGAGAAGCGCCAAACGCAGGACGACGCCGUGCUGAAUGUGGUCAACCGGUACUGGAACCAGUUGAACGAGGACAUCCGUGUGCUGUUGCAGCGGUUCGACGCGGAGACGGCGGAUGAGUCGGAAAAUAAGAACGAGAACGAAGUUACCACUUCCUUCCUGAUGCAGCUGUCCACCUGGGACAAAGAGGAGCUGGACGACAAGCUGGCCAACCGGGUCCAGGUCUCGAAACGUGCCGUGGCCAAGAUCGUCCAGGUGUUCGAUCGUCUCAUGCAGCGUAACGACAAAAUUACUCGGGCAAUGCAUGGCGAAUCGGACGAUCCGGAUGCCAACGUGCCGGACAUUGACGAAACGCUGCGUCAAAGCUACACCGAAGUGAUGGCGGAAAAUCGGAACCUGCAGACUCAAAACACGCUGCUGCAUGAAAAGUUUCACAAAAUUUCCUUAAAAAUGAGUGAAAUUCAAGACAUGCUGAACGGGAAGGAAACGGAAUCGGCUGAGUUGAAGAACCAGAUCGACGAUUUGCAGUACGAGUUGGAGAAGGUCCGUUGUCGAAAUGAUAAGCUAGAGAACCAUCUGGCUGAGGCCAUCGAGAAGCUGAAGGCGUACCAUCAAAUGCACGGUGAUAUCUCCAGCAAGGACGAGAAUAAACACUCGAGUUCGUCAACCAGUUCUGCAAAGGGUGGUUCAAUGACCAGCGUAGCGGCGCAACAUCUGGAAGACCUACAGAAGGAGUUGGAGGAAUACAAGGAGCUGGCAAACAAUCGGCUUCAGGAGCUGGACAAACUGCACGUACAGCAUCGGGAAGCAUUGAAGGAAGUCGAAAAACUCAAGAUGGACAUCCGCCAGCUGCCCGAGUCGGUUAUCGUUGAGACGACCGAGUACAAAUGUCUGCAGUCGCAGUUCUCCGUACUGUACAAUGAGUCGAUGCAGAUCAAGACGCUGAUGGACGAAAGCCGGAAUCAGUUGCAGACGAGUAAGAAUCAGCAUUUAAGACAGAUUGAGAUGAUGGAGAGUGAGGAGUUGAUAGCGCAGAAACGUGUCCGCAGUGACAUGAUUCAGAUGGAGGAUGUGUUGUCGCAGAUUCGCAAGGAGUAUGAAAUGUUAAGGAUCGAGUUUGAGCAGAAUAUGGCAGCGAAUGAGCAGACGGCACCAAUCAAUCGGGAGAUGCGUCAUCUGAUUACGUCACUGCAGAAUCACAACGGCCAGUUGAAAGGUGAGGUUCUACGGUACAAGAAAAAGUACAAGGAAGUUUCGGCCGACAAUGUCAAGCUGAGAAAGGAACUUGAAGAGACUACGGGGAAGUUGACAACACUGCAGGAGCAACAGCAAGCGGAAGUGAAAAAGGAGAACGAACUAGCAUUGGCCGCUUCCGGGAUAAAAGAAGAACCCGGAUCAUGCGAUGGACAAGGUUCGGUGAAGGAGGAAGAUCCAAACGAUCCCGGUUCCGGAACGGUUAAGUCUGAAUCAGGUGAGGAAGGUGAUGGCCUCGAUCCGAACGGUGUGAAAAAGGAAGAGAUCGGUCCGGAUGGGAAACCGAUCAAAUCGGAAGCCCCCGGUACUCCGAAAGGAGACGGUAAAGAACGGGCCAAAAGUGCAGAGUCGGAUUUAGUUCGAGAUUUGAGAAAUCAGCUGAAAAAAGCACUGAACGAUCAGAAAGAGAUGAAAUUGCUGCUGGAUAUGUACAAAGGGGUCUCGAAGGAGCAGCGAGAUAAGGUCCAACUGAUGGCUUCCGAGAAAAAAAAGUGCGCUGAGAUAGAGGACUUAAAGAAUCAACUGAAGAAGGUUCAGGAAAGUAAGCGGGAAGACCGCAAGAAGCUGGCCGACGAGGAAGCGCUCAGAAAAAUUAAACAGUUAGAAGAGCAAAAGUAUGAGUUGCAGAAACAGGUUCAAAAUCAAAAGCAACCGGACAGUGCAUGGAGUAGCGGUUACCGACCGUUCGUUGGAUCACAUGUAGAAGAAGAAGCGUUACUAAAUGAGAUGGAAGUAACGGGGCAGGCGUUUGAGGACAUGCAGGAGCAAAACUCUCGGUUAAUUCAGCAGCUGCGGGAAAAGGACGAUGCCAACUUCAAGCUGAUGUCGGAUCGGAUAAAAGCCAACCAGAUGCACAAACUUCUGCGCGAGGAAAAGCAAGUGCUGGAGGAUCAGGUAACAACUCGCGACAGUCAGAUCGAAGCGAUGCAUGUUGUGCUGCGUAAGCUGGAGGAGAAGGAACGCAUCCUGCAAAACACCGUCACAACGAUAGAGAAGGAACUGGUAGCCCGUCAACAGGCAAUGGAAAUGCACAAACGGAAAGCCAUCGAAUCUGCCCAGUCCGCGGCCGACCUGAAGCUGCACCUCGAAAAGUAUCACGCCCAGAUGAAGGAAGCCCAACAGGUGGUAGCGGAGAAGACGAGCUCUCUGGAAGCGGAAGCCUACAAAACCAAGCGGCUGCAGGAAGAACUGGCGCAAUUCAAGCGUAAGGCAGAACGCAUGAAGAAGAUCGAAAUGUCCGGCACUACGAUCGACGAGGUCAUGCUAGAGGAAAUUCGCGAGUACAAGGAAACGCUCACAUGUCCCUCGUGCAAGGUUAAGCGGAAGGAUGCCGUGUUAUCCAAGUGUUUCCACGUUUUCUGUUACGACUGUUUGCGAACCCGGUACGAAACCCGCCAGCGCAAGUGUCCCAAGUGCAACUGUGCAUUUGGCGCCAACGACUAUCAUCGGUUGUAUUUGUCCACGUAAGAGGUUAGUUUGGUCAUUCUUCUUCCAAUGGAAACAUACCCCCCCCCCCCCCGCUCCCCCGUCGUAUCUAAAAUCCUUAUUUAUGGACAUAGAGAUUUGUAAGUUUUUGUUUCUGUUUGAAAUGCUAGGUCUAUGUUUAUCCAUAUCCUAUGAUGGAUUUCUCAAAAACUUAUAGCAUGCAUAGCUGCAGCAUGCAUUACAUAUUUUAAAUAAAAUUGUGAAUGUUUCCCAGAACAAUAAAACUGUAAAUUGUGUUCUAUCAUCCCGGACGAUGAUGUUACAAUAUAAAUAUUAUUCAUGAAUAUCUCACUUUUAAGAGGUACCAUCCCACUACGUGCAGUGUUUUCAGUUUGAAUUUCAGGAAUCGUUCUCAUUUGGGUCUUGACUGGUACGUGGCGAUAGUUACCACGUGCCUUUUCGUUCCUGUAGCUGUGACCGGUAUUAAGCUUUUAUGUCCGUUCUCUAAGUGAUAGUCCAUGUAAUUCAAUUUAGUGUAAUCUAGGAAUUCUAAUGAAAUUAAACACUUUCCUAAUUACAAAAUCAAUUAUAAUUCAACCCACUUGUUUCGGACCGCAUAUACAAUCCGAGAAUAAGCGACGUCGGUAAAAA